AUGUAUAGACACGCAAUCUACCUCGGGGGAUAUCUUGUUUUACUUAUCGCUGCUUGUAUUAGCCACCACCGCUCGGGCAAGACUUUAUACCAUGUUUUAACUGAGAUUGUUGAGAAUCGAGUUGAACACUUCAUUUUCUGCUCUUUAUUGGUCUAUUUAGUGUACAUUAUGGGCCGAGUCAUGGUCAAAACCUUCAUUGGCAAGUUAACUCCAUUGGAGGUAGAAGGUGUGCAAGAAAGUAGUUUAAAAUACUUAGGGAAUAUCUGUUUGGUUAUUACUUUAUUUGCUGAUGAUAUUGGUCUGCGGGGUUUACUGGUCUUCUCAGUAGUCUUUGGACUGAAAGUAGUCCAUUGGGCAGUUGGUCUAAGAAUAGAUUCAGUAGAUAAGGGUGUAGUACGUCGAGAUAGUAUUUGGCGGUUGUAUGGAAUAAGUGCUAUUCUGUUUUUGGUCGAUGGAUUGCUUAUGUCCAAGACUUUGCGUAUGGCUAUUCAAUCUCCAGGCGUGAAUAUUCUCUUUGCUUUUGAAUUUUCGUUGUUAUUUGCUUACAUCAUUAAGUGUAUAUACUCUUUAGGAAUAAUAAGUCUGGCGGAAGGCGGAACAAUUGAGGAUCGGAUUCUUUUGAUGUUUUAUGGUGAGUUGUUCUAUGGGGUGUUCAGAAUAGUAGUACAUGUGCUUUGUUUUAUUUGGACUACAGUUAAUUUCCGCAUGCCAAUUAAUUUGUUGCGUGAAUCAAUGUUAAUUGUGAAAUCACUAACGGCCAAGGUCAAGUCAACCCUAGCUUAUACGGCCCUAUUGAAAGAACUAGAGAAGUAUCCUAAUGUUCCUAAAUCUGAAAUAACAGAUGAUGGAUUGUGUCUUAUCUGCCACGAUGAAAUGGAAGUAGCCAAACGACUGGAGUGUUCACAUCUCUUCCAUCUGGCCUGUUUAAAAGAGUGGCUCCAUCGGCAGCAGUCAUGUCCCGUCUGUCGUACCGAAAUUAAACCCAAACCCACCACUACUCCAUCCAAUAAUACCACCACCACUCCAAAUAACAGCACUACCACGCCAAACACUGCUACAGCAAGCACAACAACCACAACUAGCAGCCGGGCAGAGUCCAUCUUAGCCAGUUACUUCCAACCCGAAAGCGAUGAUUUUGAAGGCGUAGCCGUCAGUCUCCAAGACUAA